AUGUUUGGAAUACAAAUUUUAGCUUUAAUAUUUUGCAUUGCUGGCACUGGAGCUGUUAUUGGUGCAGUAACAUCGAACGAGUGGAAAGUAACAAGCAGAGCAAGUUCGGUAAUUACUGCCACUUGGGUUUUCCAGGGCUUAUGGAUGAAUUGUGCAGGGAAUGCUCUGGGAUCAUAUCACUGCAGACCGCAUUUAACAAUCUUCAGGUUAGAGGGUUUUUUGCAGGCAUGCAGAGCCCUAAUGGUCACAGCCAUUUGUCUUGCAGCGUUUGGGUCGGUGUUUGGAUUGGUUGGAAUGAAAUGCACAAAGGUCGGGGGCAAUGACAACAUUAAAGCAAAAGUUGCCUUUACAGGUGGACUUCUCUCCAUACUUUCAGGUAUUUGCUCCCUAUCUGGUUGUUCACUAUAUGCACACAAAACAGUUUCUGAAUACUUUGACCCAACUUUUGUGUCACAAAAGUAUGAGUUAGGCACUGCCUUGUAUAUUGGUUGGGCUGGAGCUAUUCUAUGCUUGGUUGGUGGUAGCAUCUUCUGCUGUGCCAUCGUAGUUGAAACAAACAACCAUUCAAGGCUGGCCAGAAGUGCCACUGACAUGGAAACAAGGCAAGCUGACUCAACUAUGCAUGAAAACACAGGAACUGUGAUACAGAAAAAUGGUAGCAGGUGCUCUGAACUGAUUAAAUAUUUGGCUGUAGCAGAAGGCAGUGUGUUUGCUGAAGGGCUGGAGAGAGGUAAAACAAUGACUGUCUUCAGGCAAAAGAAGAAUGGUGGAGGUUUGAUGCUGCGUUUCUGCAAAUGGAGUUUGGAAUUUGGUCAGAAUUAA